UAUUACGUAUACGUCAUGUUGUCAUUGCGUCUUUGUGUAGUUUUAUUACCGCUUUUGGCACUUGCUGGCGCCAUUAAUGUACCACAGCAGCAGCUGUCUGUCGAUAUACCACUCGAAAAUCUGCUGCAAAAGUUCAAGGACAAUCACUUGAAUACGAAUACAGUUACCCAUGUGAUCGAAAAAAUCCUAGAAAAGGUCAAGGCUGAUCAGGGUCAGGAGGAGGCUAGCCUCUCGAGUGUGGAUAUUGAACCGUACAUCAUUGACGGUUACCAGGUUCAGGGUGUAGACAAUGCCCCACAUUUGGUAUCUAUGAGUAUGAGCUCUGUGGCCUAUGCUCAUUUCUGUGCUGGAUCAAUAAUUUUCAAGAGCUGGGUUCUUACUGCCGCCCAUUGUGUCGAGGAGUUGUCUCAAUUGAAUGGUGGUAUCAUUGGUACUCCCAUCUAUGCCGGCAUCACCAAUCGCUCCAAUGUGACCGGAGCCCAGAUACGCGAGGUGGACUUUGCCUCCAUUCAUCGUUCGUUUACUGGCGUUGCCGGAAGCGCUGAUAUAGCCCUGCUCCAUGUAUCUCAACCAUUUGUACUGUCGGCACGAGUACAACCGAUUACCUUGCCAGACAACAACGAAGACUAUAGCAAUAAAACCACAAUCGCCUAUGGCUGGGGUCUAACCGAUGUCGAUGGCGAUGAGUAUUCCAAGGAGUUGCAAUAUGCCUUUGCUCCGCUAUUAAGCAGUUCCGAUUGUGCUGGGAAAAUGGCCUCAGAUGCUCCACUCACUACCAGCCAAGUGUGCGCCCAGAUUAAGGUCUGCUAUGGUGAUGGUGGUACUCCUCUUGUCUACUGGCCCAUCGAUGGACCCGCUGAACUGGUUGGUCUGGGCUCAUGGAGUUAUAUGCCCUGUGGUUAUGGCAAUCGCCCAGCAGUAUUCACUUCAGUUUCCUCAUAUGUUAGUUGGAUAUUGCAAGUGAUUUCAGCUUACUAUCAAUUGAACAAGUAGAUUUUUUGCGUAAUCAAAAUGAUUGUAAUGCAUUAAAGUAACCAAAAAAAAAAC